AGGUCCGUGCACUCAUUCCGCUGUGUAGAACCUUGCGGGGCCUCAUCUUUUCAAUGUGUGAACAAUGUAUGUAUAGGAAUUGUUGUAGUUCUGCUGAUAGGACGAGACCCCUCGCAUGAAGUAAGUUUCUAUCUAUGGGCAUUACUUGCAACUGCAGCCGCUGCAAGAGCGAGUGGCCGUUUGAUUUCCGGGCUGGCGACGUAAUUCAUGGCAAACAACGAAAAGAGGAUGAAAAGAACAUGAUUAGCACCGAUGGCCUCUCUAAAUGCGAGGCGACCCGGCGCAAGACGGGGAAAAGGCCACUGGGGGAGAUGCUGCACCUUCUGUCCGCUGUCAUUGUCUGGCUUGUGACGGGGACGACCAUCUCCAGUCUUAACAAAUGGAUAUUUGCAGUGUACAACUUCAGGUACCCCUUACUGCUAUCGGCCCUGCACAUGUUGACAGCAAUAGUGGUGGACUUUUGGCUUAUUAAACUUCGAAUGCUCCAGCACAAAGGCGGUGUUGACAAGCAUAAGGACCUUACCAACAGCGCCAAAUGGAAGGUGUUUCUAUUGAGCUUGACAUUUUGUGCCAGCAUUGCGUUUGGCAACGUGGGUCUGAACUAUGUCCAGCUGUCCUUUGCGCAAAUUAUCUACACCACCACGCCAAUCUUCACCCUGGCGAUUUCCACCCUGAUCUUGGGCAAGCAGCAUCACAUCCUCAAAUACACGGCCAUGAUGCCCAUCUGUCUGGGAGCCUCAUUCAGCAUUAUGGGCGAGGUCCAGUACGACCAGACAGGUUGCUUCUUCAUAUUCGCUGCGACAAUGUUGAGAGGUGUCAAAACCAUCCAGCAAAGUAUCUUGCUCCAGGAGGAGAAGAUCAACUCUGUGUUCCUGCUCUACCUGAUGUCCAUCCCCAGUUUCUGCAUCCUGGCCGUAGCUGCUCUGGCCCUGGAGAACUGGGCCGUGCUAGAGUCUCCAAUGCAUUACGACCACAACUUGUGGCUCUUCAUCCUGCUCAGCUGCCUGGGCUCUGUCAUGUACAACCUGGCCAGCUGCUGCGUCAUAACCCUCACCUCCGCCGUCACCCUGCACAUCCUCGGCAACCUGAGCGUUGUGGGCAACCUGCUGCUCUCCCAGCUGCUGUUCGGCAACGAGAUGUCAGCGCUCAGCUGCGUCGGCGUGGCACUCACACUCUCCGGCAUGCUCAUCUACCAGAACUCUGAAUUUAUCUCAGACUACAUGGACGCACGGCGAGCCAAAGCCAGGGCGCUCAUUCGUGGGAGGGAGGAGGACAUCGCUGGCCCAUCACAACCCCCCCAAGACCAGCAGGGGAGGAGGGAUGCCGAUGGCAAGCGAGAGGACAAGAUAGACUGAAAGAGAAGGAGAAUAGGAGUUGGACUGUUUACAGCAACCCUGUCCUUCGGGGUUAGUUAAGUCAGGUGGUUCUGUGGAGAGGAUCAGGAGAUGGGCUUUGAGGUUAUAGUUGAUGAUGAUGAUGACAUGAGUGACAGAACUUGUUUGUUGGGUCGUUUUUACCUCUUCACUGUGCCAAUGUAUUUAUUUCUGCCAUGGUCUCAUAGAAUGAGAAGUCAGUCUAGGCCAGCUGACAAAAAAAUCUGAUGCCUUUAUGAAAGUGACAGUUGAGUUUUCACUGUUCUAAUACCCAUACGUGCACACAUACUGGUAUAUGCAUGCAUGAGCACACAAACAAUGUGAUAUAUCUCAUGAGGUGUCGCUCUCACUACUCCACUGUGAAAAUGUUCAACAUGAGUGCUCAAUGGGAUGUUGGGAGGGAAGGACUAGGAACACCUCAUAUAGAUGGGCACAAAUAAAAAAAUAAGCAUGGUACUGUUACCUAUCCUUCCCCUGGUCUUGUAUCAGUGUGAAAGAGGUUUCCUGGCAGCUUUUUAUGUGGUGGAUCUUAAUAUGGGGGGUGUAGCAUUUGUUAUAGUGCUAUAGCUUUUGUCUAGAUGACGUUUACAAUGGUGGAGACAUGCAAGCUAACAGGGUCGGCAUAUCAUUUCUGUUGGCUGUUUGUAGGCAUGGAGGUCAGUGAGCCACACUGUUAAUCUACUGCAUAGUGAAGCGCAGAUCUGAGGGCAGGCACUCCUGCUCAGCGACCUCUUAUUGAAUUUCCUCUUAAUAAAAGGAACCUCUUAUAAUCAGUUUAAUAACCUCCAACCUGAACAGCAGUUCUCACUGCAGAAAACCUCUAUUAUUAGGCCCAUUCACUCUAAGGAGUCUCACUCAUCUUUAGUACAGUUAUUUUCUUCUGGGAGAGAUCAUUAAAAAGAAUUUCAUGUUCCUCUCCUUACCGCCACUCCUGGGCCGAAUAGAAAUGUCUACUCUGCCAGGUCUCAUGUCUACACUCAGAGGGUGCCUCUAUUUUUAACCUUUUACAUUUAGUCUCCCUUAUAACCUCUGCUGGACAGUGUUAUUGUAACUCCCAUUACAAUACAUUUGAAUAUUUAUUAAGACAUUUUAGUUUUAUUGUUUGUUCGUUUUUUUUCUGCUUUUUGAAUUGGGUAAGGAACAUUGUGUUGUUUAUUGGUCUUAGAAAGGACAAAGAGGAUGUUUUUGUUUUGCCAUCUACACAAAAAAAAAUAUGUAAUUGAAGUUUGAAAGCUCUUACGUUAUCUUGUCUAUAGCAGGGUUUCCCAAAGUUGGUCCUGGGGCCCCCUGGGUGUACGGUUAGUUUUUUUUGCCUGUAGCGCUACACAGUUGAUUCAAAUAAUCAAAGCUUGAUGAGUUGGUUAUUUGAAUCAGCUGUGUAGUGCUAGCGUUAAAAAAAAAAAAACGUGGGGGGACAGAGUUUGGGAAACCCUGGUCUAUGGCAUUGACAUAUGACAGCGGUCACUCAGUAGCUGGAGGUCUAAUCAACUGGUCUGUCACUUGGCAAACAGUCAUGUGACUGGAGGCCUUGCAUAACUCAGAUCCAGGUGUAAAAUUGCAUGUCUGCCCAAUGUACAGCAAGGAGCUUAUGAAGGUGUUGAAUGAAGAUGUUUCUAAUCUUCCUUCCCCAGUCAAAAGAACCUUCCGGUGUGCCAAACAUUGACUUCUUGGUUUAGCUUCUGUUCAGCCUCGGAUAGACACUGGACAACAAAGUUGCUCUCUAAUGGGAAAUGGUUAUAUAUAUUUUGUUACCCACCUGUUCUUUUUUUCCCUAAUAUGUUGCCAUAUGCACAGCAGUAGACACAUUGAUUUGUUGCCAGCCUCGACCUGAUAAAUGAGACGUUGAAUGAAGAUAAGAUUAAUGCCAGUCACCCAUUUGUUUUAACAUUCAUAGUUGUAUCAAGAGGGUCUUGUUAUUGAUGUUAGUUUAAAUACCUCAGUCUUCAACAUGGCUUGUUAAAGACCAUUUGUUUAAUGACUUAUGUAAGUUAGCAGUUGAAGAGAUCAAGCAGCUGAAAGCAUGUCUGCCCACAACCACGGUUUGUCAACUGUUUAUAUUCUGUUAAAUUGCCUACUGUUUUUUAAAAGCCAAUUUGGUUUAUUACCUUUGGAUUGACGAUGAGGGCUUUUCAAUCACACAGCCCUUAGAAUAUCUAUAUAUAGACUAUACCAGCUUCACAGAUCGUGGUUUGAUUUGUCAAACUGAAAGUCGGUUUGACUAGUCAGGCUGCAUGUUCAUACGGAGUUAUCUUUGAGGGUGGGGAAAAGCUCAUAUUGCACUGACGAGUUUUGGAGAUGCUGCCUUUACAGCAUAGGGCUCAUGUGUAUGUACUGUUUUUGAUGUCUGCAAAAGUUAAAUGUAAAUCAUUUUAAUAUAUUUAUGUAUUUUACAAUCAUGGCUGGCUCAAAUAUACUAGUUCAAGAACA